UCACUCAGACGUCUUUCUGAGGGAGUCGAGUGGAAGAGGAAGCGACUCUGAGCUGAAAGGGGAGGAGUGACGACAGACCACACAGUGCAGAUCACGUCUUCAGUGUCUCUGCUGACUUUCUCUCUGCUGAGAUCAGAGCAGUUCAUAAGUGUAGGAGAGUCAGAGUGAGGAGUUUCUGGACCUUCUGGACCUUCAGUUAUCCGCUGGGUCUGAGAGCGAUGCUGCCAUGUUUUCCCAGAGCUCAGUAAAUAUUCCAGCAGCGCUGAUCCUCAUUUUACUGGCAGUCCUGCAGGCGAAGGUGGAUCAUGAGACUAUAGGACAGAAAGUGGUGAAACUGACCUGUAGCCCCCCCUGCAGGCCCAGUGGAAACUGUUACUACGACUGGUUCAGAUAUAAAGGACGGUUCAGCAGUGACUACGUAGGAUGUUCAUAUAGCGCCUCACUUUGGUUGAACUCCACCAGACCAUCUGAUCACGACAGCUACACCUGUGAGGUGAAGAACAACGGCCUCCCUCAGCAAAACUGUGAACUGCCUAACCAGCACUGGGGUGUGACCUACACUCCUGAACGUGUCUGUGCUCUGAAAGGAUCAUCAGUUGAUCUGUCCUGCACUUAUAAACACCCUGAAGGACUCACAGUGACUAAAUCAUUCUGGUUCAUUGAAAGUCUCCGGCAGCGAGGAGUUGACCCUGAGGAUGUACGAGAGUCUGAUCAGUAUAAGGGGAGAGUGCAGUACAGCCGGACCCUGAACUCCUGUAGAAUGACCAUCACUGACCUGAGAGAGAGUGACGCUCACACAUACAGGUUCAGAUUCUACACUGAUGAUCCUGACAGCAGAUACUCUGGCAGACCUGGAGUCACUCUGUCCGUCACAGAUCUGAAGGUUACAGUGUCAGAUACAGAUGGAGGAGUAAAGAACCUGACCUGCAGCUCCACCUGCACUCUGCCCAACAACCCCACCUACAUCUGGUACAGGAACGGACGGCCUGUAUCUCAGUGUGAAUCUGCCUCCUGCCCUGUAGCUGUGGUCAGUGAAGCGGUCAGCUACAGCUGUGCUGUUAAAGGCAGUGAUCUCCACUCUCCUCCAGUGUAUAACAGGACUUCAGUAUAUGCAGCUUCUGGAGUCGCCGUGGUUUUGCUUCUGAUAUUCACUGCAGUCUUUUUGUGGAUGAGGAGACGACCUGCCGUGACCAGCAGCAAGACAGAGAAGAGCAGUGGAGAGCGAGCUUCAGCCCCUGUGUACAAAGAUGUCUCUGCCCUGGCCGUGACCUCUGGCCCCUCAAGAGCUGCAUCCUCAGAUGGUCAGGAUGAUGUUCAGUACGCCACCGUUCAUUUCUCACACUCUCAGACGAAAGACGUUCCUCUCAACUCCACCGUCCACCCUUCAAACGCUCUGCCUGAAGAAGAGCAAGUGCAGUACGCCGUAGUGAACACUGCUUACUGAGCAGUUCCUGGUUUAGCAGUCCAAAUAACAGUGAAGCAGUUUAUUCUGACACACCGUUCACUUCUUCUGCUUUCUCUGGAAAUAGAGUCUCUACAGCACAGAGAGUCAGCAGCCGCAGUUAAAUUUAACCUUCAAUUUCCUGCCUACUUCAUACACACGUUCAUUAAAACUGUUUGGAACUAUAAACACAAAUCCUAAACACAGACGAUCUGAAAUCUACAGCACAUGAAAUUGUUAAAGUCCCAGUAGGCACAAUGUAAAGUAUUUGCAUAAUAACGAAAUCGACUGUUACAAUACACAGCAUGCAACAUUUAAUCUGAGAAAAGCAUGGUCUUAAAAUUAUAUCAAGCUUGUGGACCAAUGUCAUUUUGAAAGCCCCUCAUAGAUUAUUUACAAACGUUCAAAUUAGUGAACAUCAGAUGAUGCAACAGCUGUAGAAAUAUGUUUAGAAUGAGGUUUUAGGUUGGGGGUUAUGUAAGGUUAUCCAGACAUGCAUAUUUAAAAAAAAAAAAAAAAAAAAUUAAAAAGGCUGUGUUGGAAAUGGCCUACUUCAUACUGGUUGCUUCCUAAAGAAGAGGGUAGGGGUGGGUCUUGAGAUCAGUCUAUUUCGAACACACUAGUUUUUUCCCCUGCAUUUUCAGAAAAACAUCUAUAUUAGCUCAUUCAUUCAUUUUCAGAAAUGUGUACAGGCACAGGAGAUCAAAACUACUUGAAAAUGCUCACUUGACCACGUCAGUGCAGUAGGAGGUGGUGAUGCCCCAUAAAACUGCACAGUGCGCUCACAAUGUUCUUCUUGUGGUGCAUGACAUUCAAAGUUUGUAGUGCUUUAAAAUAAUGAAAGAAAAACUUACCGCUUGCCAUGGGUUUGUUUAUUUUCACCUUGGCUGCACCGUCUCUGAAAUAUCCAACAGUCCUGAUGGGGCAGGAGGACUUUCUAGCUUUUCAUCUCAUUUGAGUUGGGAUUUAUUUGAAAUCUGACUUUGGUUAAUAAUCAGGUCAUAUAUCUUUAGAAUAUGUCCUUAUAUACAAUAUAUGUUUAAUAUUUGCAGUUAUGCCUCAUUUACAGGAACAGAACACAGUACAUUCUGAUGCCUCUGCACUGGUUUAUGAGAGUUCUGAAAUAAGUCUGUGAAAGGGAAAAUACAUCGAGCUCUUGCACCCACCAUGCUACAUCUCACUGUGUGUGCCAUAUUUACCUCAUCAUUAACCUUGAUGUCAUUACAUUGGGUAACGCUUUCUUCCCCUCAGCAAGCCUCCUUCCCCUGAUCUUUAUCCAUUGUCUCAGCUAAGAUCUGUGGUUACCAUGUCUGCUACUCCAGCUAGCCCCACUUCAACCAGAUUUUCUUCCACCCAUGGAUGUUAUUGCCUAACCCAUGCCAGGUCAGAGUAAUGAGCAAAUAAUGUUUUCAGAAAUAUCCAGAUAACUGCGAAUUGUGUUCAGGUGUAUUUAAGUUGAAUGUAAGGUAAGCAUAUAUAGAGUGUCUACAGUGGGCAAUCCAAGUAAAAUGUUACCGAACAUACAUGGUUGAAUGUCUUCAGUUCACUCAUGCUGGACUCAACACAGUAGUGAUAGGAAAGCAGGUUGAAAUGAGCGAAACAAGCUCGAUAAAUAAAUCUGGAGUCUUAUUUAUAACCUCUGUUGGGCGUUUAAACACUGCUUCUUGACUACUGGAAAAAAAGCAGCAGAAAACAUGCAAUCAUAUAGAUGUUACCGGUUUCAGGGUGUCAUACAGACAUCACUGUGGCUUUGUACCAUUCUUCUUGUGUCAUUGUAAAUAUACAAUUGAAAUGUACAAUAAUAAACUGCUGGCCAUUGAAACCAUAUGUCUGUGAAAGGUGGAGAACGGUUGGGAGAUGAUGGAGUGAAAAUGGAGUUACUCUCCCCAGACUUGGUAUAGAAAGCGACUAUAAAGAACAGGUUUAAAGCAUCUCAUUGUGUUUGCUCAUAAAGACACUGAGAACACACUGAGGGAAUGCAACCACCGUGAUGAGAGCAGCAGAUGGAGGAGCGUCGAGAGAGGGGUCACACAGACGAAUGGGAGGACAUGACUGAUGGACUUCAGACCUCAGCUCAACAGUUGGGAUGUGUCGUAGUCAACAGGUGUCUGUCUGCACUGUUUAACAUUGUUUCCUGGAGUUCCAUUGGGUUCCAAUCACGUUUGUACCAUAUCACACUGAGGAUACCUUGACCAGCUAGCAGUACAUCACACAGGUGUUGGAGCCUGAGGAGGUACCUUACCUACAGAUGUCCUCUGGCACUACAUUCCAGCAGGACAAGCACUUCUUCCUCACCUGCACAUUCACUUCACGUCCUCCCACUGUGCACGUCUGGAAUGUGGACUCAUGGGUGAACUUUAGGCUCAUAUAGAGGCUUCAUGGCACAGCAUACCACAAACACCAGCGUCCAGCGUCUCUUCCCCUCCAUGCCAGACUGUGUGAAAGAGGUUAUUAAUAUGGCAGAUGGCACAUUUAUAACUAUCAAUCUCGCAUCUUUCUUGGUGUUGUCACUGUAAUGGCUAGCAGUGUAAAAAAUAAAAAAGCCCCAUUUUUUGCAGUAUUAUUGCAGAUAUUUAAAAAAAUGUAAAUAAUUAAACAGUAUUAAAAAUUGAGAAAUACUGUAGAAUUGGAAAACGUAAAUGUCAAAGUAUGUUACUGCUUUGAAUAUCAACAUUCUAAUGAGAUCCUGUAUUGACUGUGAGUACCUUGGUUUAUGGUUGGAUGAUAGUUACGUUUAAAUUUCACAUUAAUAAGCCAGUUAGUAAAUGUAGGCAAACGUCUGUCUUUUAAUUGUAACCAUUUUUAGUUCUAACUUUUGUCCUAUAUUUUUUAUCUUUAUUGUGUAUUGUUAUUAUAUAUUGUCUUAUUUUGCCUAUUUUUUAAUUUUUCAUCAUGUAUUGCUAUGAUCUUUUCCUAAUUAAAGAUUGUAAUUAUUUUA